AUGGAAGAAAUAUUAUCACAACCUCCGUUUACCAAAAUACCAACUAAGCAAAAUGGUAACAAUACGAUAAGGUUCAUAACUUUCAACGUUAAUGGUAUAAAAACAAUUUGUAAUUAUCAUCCAUGGAACAAAUUCAAUAAAGAAUUUAAUGAAAUGUUUUUAUCUUUAGGAGGUGAUAUUAUAACGUUACAAGAAUUAAAACUAACUGAAAAGACUACUUUGGGAGAAAUUAAAAAUAUUGGCCAUUUAAAUAAUUAUAGAUCUUUUAUAUCACUACCUAUGAAGAAAAAAGGGUAUAGUGGUGUUGGAUUAUUUAUUAAAAAACCUGAUAAUGAUGUCCAAAAACAAUAUUUAACUGUUAUAAGAGCUGAAGAAGGUAUAUCUGGUUGGUUAUGUGAUAAAAAUGGAGAUAAAUAUAGGGAGCAAUCAGAUAAUAUAGGAGGUUACACUGAUAUUUCUGAAUCAAUUGGUACGAACUUAGAUAGUGAAGGUAGAUGUGUAGGUGUUGAAUUGAUUAAUGAUUUAGUUGUUUUUGCAGUAUAUUGUCCAGCAAAUUCUCAAGGUGAAAUAGAAGGUGAAAAUUUCAGAUUAUUAUUUUUAUCUCAACUACUAAAGAGAUGUGAAAAUUUACAUAAACAAGGUAAAAAAGUUAUUCUAAUGGGUGAUAUCAAUGUCAGUUUGGAUUUAAUUGAUAGUGCAGAAGGUAUAAACGAUAGACUAGCCAUAAAAACAAUAGAAGAUUUGAAAGAUGGAGUUGAAUUUGAAGAACUAAACUAUAAAGAAUGUAUGGGUUUUAAAUUUACAAGACAAGCAAGAGAAUUAUUAAAUAAAUAUGUUAUACAAUCAAUGAUAUAUCUUUGUCGAGAUAACAAGAAAAUCAACUACAGUAAUGAUCAAUUUUUUUAUGAUACAACGAGAGUAAUUCAAGGUAGAAGGAAAAAAAUGUAUACAGUAUGGAAUACAUUAACAAGUUCAAGACAAAUAAAUUAUGGUUCAAGAAUUGAUUUAAUACUAUGCAGCUCUCGGAAAAUGAUUUCAAAUAUUUCAAAUGCUGAUAUUUUACCAUUUAUUUUAGGAAGUGAUCAUUGUCCAGUAUUUACAGAUUUUGAAUUAUGGAAUGAAGAAGAAGAUAGAGAUAAAACUGAUGCUACUGCAGUAGUUGAUGAAGAUAAAAAAAUAAUGUUUGAAGCUAAAAAUCAUUUUAAAUUGAAUAAAACGAGGGAUAUUUCAACGUUAUUCGGGAAAAGAAAAAAUGUAGAGACUGAUUCAUCUGAUUAUUCCACAUCAAAAACUUCGUCACCACAACCAGAAUCAUCUACUUCAAAUAUAGAAAAAAUCGAAAAUGAAAAUGAAAGAAGUAAAAAAAAAUCAAAAUUACCAGUUUAUAAGAGUAGAAAAACUGAAAAUAGUAAAAACCCAACUGGACCAUCAAAAAAGUCAAUCAAUGACUAUUUUUCAUAG